AGGAGGCAGAAGCAGCGCUCAGCAUCUGGCGAUGUUCAGGUCACACCGAGCAGCGCUUCAGGUAGCCUUGGGUCAGAACAAGCCGAUUCCACUUGAAACGAAUGCCGGGGCCAGCGCGGGUCACCGACUGCGGGCUGGGGGCGGAGCCGGCCACACACGCUGAGAGACGCGGAGGCCGAGGAGCCGCGGGUUAGGAAAUGUGACCCUGGUGACCCCAUACGCCCCCGCCUCCCUCGCUCCCGCUCCACCUGCACGCCGAGCGCGCCGCGCCGCCGGCGGAGGCCAUGGCCAGCCCCGCGCCCUUAGUGGCCUCCAUCAGCCACCAAAUGGUGGCUCUGCAGACCCUGCAGCUGCUGCAGCAGGAGUGGGGCUGGGGAGACGGUCCGAGAGCCCCCGGGAGCCUGCGCGACCUGGACCACGUGUCCGCCGCCCCAGCCCGUCGCUCGGCCCCGAUGCGGGCUGGGCCGGGGCCCGGGCGCGAGGAGCGGGGCGGAGAGGGCCGGAGUAGCGGGACCGGGGCGCGGGCGAGCUCCUGCGAGGUGGAAGUGGUGCGGGGCGCCGAGGGGGGCGCGGAGCUGCGACCCUUUCCCCGGGACCGAGGGCCCUGCACCCUGGCCCGGAUGGCGAUGCGCAGCGCGCUGGCCCGCGUGGUGGACUCGACCUCGGAGCUGGUGAGCGGGGAGCAGACGCUGCUGGGGCCCCUCCAGCAGGAGCGGCCCUUCCCCAUCCACCUGAAGGAUAGUGUUGAGUUCAGAAACAUCUGCAGUCAUUUGGCUCUACAAAUUGAAGGACAGCAGUUUGACAGAGACUUGAAUGCUGCCCACCAGUGUUUGAAGACAAUAGUCAAGAAGCUGAUUCAGUCACUUGCAAAUCUUCCUUCAGAUGCCCACAUGGUAGCCUGUGCUUCCUUGAGACAGAUCUUGCAGAAUCUGCCAGACAUAUGAAUGUUAAAGACAUCGGGACUAAAACCACAGCUAGCACGACUGAGAGAACUGGAUCCCUUACCUUCCUAAUGGAAUCAGCAGACAAUGAAUGUUUUUAUUCCCAAAAAGGAGUGACUUGAUAGCCCGUGGAGCAGUCUGACCAGUGGCAUGGGUAGCCUUCAGAAUUAGAGCAUGUUAGUAAAAAUUUUUUAAAGCAGUAGUUCACAUUUUUAAGUAUGUUGACCUAUUUGUUGACUUUUUGAUUAAAAUAUAUUCCCCUUUGUGGAACUGAUUGGAUUAUAAUGUAUAUAUUUAUUAGUUCAUAUUAAGUAUUAGUUUUGAUCAAAUGAUACCUUAAUCUAUAUUCAUAUUAGUGUAGGCCUAUAAGGUUUAAUUAAUAUGGUUAUUUAUAUGAUUAAAGCUCCAUGGUUCUUAAAAUUAUCUUGAAUAAGUGGGAUAUUUGAUCAUCGAUAUGUUCUGCUUUACUGGGUACUUCAUUUUAUGUUAUGAGAACAAUCUUUAGUUGUAGGACCACAUGUGUCAGUAAUUAUGAGUUCCAAUCCUGGCAUUAAUAACUUACUGUUGGGCAGAAGAGUUGCUUCCAAACUUUGUACUUUCAUAUACUGAUUUCUAAGUUUAAAGUGAUAAUGAGCUAUGAAGUUCCAAGGAUACAUGAUAUGUAAAUCCGAAGCACAGUAUUAUUAAAGUCUCAUGUGGAAACAUCUA